AUGUCACACGUGACCUUGAAGGGGAGAAGGACUGCUAAGAAGACCUUCACCGGGUGCUGGACAUGUCGAACUCGAAAGAUCAAGUGUGAUGAGGGAAAGCCGGCUUGUUACCAGUGCACCUCCAAGAAAUUCAGCUGCGAAGGCUACGGUGUCAGGCUCCUGUGGAUUUCGGAAAACCAUGACCUCGGUUCUAAUGUUAGUCAGAAACCGCUGCAGCACCAUGAGGUUGACAACAUCAUCACCUCCAUAGAUGCAUUCGUGCCUGCCGAUCAGGACCAGGUCUCGAAGCCUCUUUUCAUCCACAACUUUGGAGUGUUUGAGAUCUCUUCAGACAGUGCCGUCACCUCUCCGACCGUAGCGGUGGGAGUCGUAGACAACUCUCAAGUCCAUGACACCGGUGAGAAUCGGUGGCAGUCUGGCCAACACUUUGUCGAUGGAACUUCAUAUAUCUUCCCGGAGGGUAUGUACGGAAGCCCCUCAACAAACGAGUCAGCAGGAUUUCCAAACGACGAGGACAGCCGUCUACGUGCUCCGGACCACCAUCAGCAUGGAUUCGCCCAAGAUGACCCUGGGAAUGAUGAUCUAGCGUCUCGGAGCUCCCAGGUGGCCGAUAAGGCAGAGAGGAGAAGCCCGUCACUCGAAAGGUACGCCUGUUCACCAUACUUCUUCACGGUUCCACCUGCACUCAAGUCAUCACCAUUAUCCGAUACAGAGCGGUUUCUCAUGCACCACUACAUGCAUCGAGUUGUGAACCUCUUUUGCGUCAUUGACAACCAGAAGAGCCCUUGGAAGCUCAUUCACCUCCCGCGCGCGCUGCAAAGCGUCGGUGAGCUGAACGUCAACGGCUCUAGCACAAGGAUACGCGACGCGCUGAGAAAUGCAUUGCUGUCCAUCAGUGCUUUCUGCCUAUCCAAUGACGGAACUUUGCGCAGAUGCGGCCGAGACGCUGCGGCCUGGGCCCAUCGGGCGACUCAAUACCGAGGGAAGUCGAUAAAGCUGUUGAAAGAUUCCGUGGAGAAGGAUCUGCAUGCGCCGUCACGUCCCGGAUACAAGGAGCUCCUGGCCACCAUGCUCUCCAUGGUCACAAUCAAUGUUAUAUCUGGAGACACAAGUACCUGCAAAGUACAUCUAGACGGUGCCUUGCGCCUGAUGCGCUACGCACGUUCGUGGAAGACGAGGUACUCGUCCAAGGCCCAGUCACUCCACCGCAUCUACUUCUAUCUACGGACGAUAUACGAGAGCACCGCGGUGGACUAUGCUCUGGAAAGACCUUCCGACCCAUCGCAAUCUGUCGAAGCCGGCGCAGCUGCUCUUUCCGUUCUCGACCCGCUAAGUUUAGGUACUCAUCAAAAUGACAGCAGCAUGGACACCUGCUCCACACCAUCAGCGGUACCGGACCCUGCCAACAUGACGACAUGGGAGUGCAUCUACGGAGUUCCCCUGACGAUGCUUGUCCUCCUGUCCAGGACGACGCACCUCAUCUCCAAGCUGGAUGCGUUCCGCCAGCGCUUCCAGACCACGGCGAUUCCAGAGGAACUGGCUGCGAAAUGCGAUGAGCUGGAAAUCACAAUCAUGGACCUGCUCGCCCAGUCGUCCGAGACGCAAAGGGGAACCAGCGAGGAGACUCCGAGCUCGACAAUCAUCCGAAAGACGACCAGUGCGUUCCACAACGCGCUGAUUGUCUACUUUGCACAGCAUGUCCGGCUUCUUGGCUAUCGUUAUCUCCAGCCGUAUGUGCAAGAGGUUCUCAACAGCAUCAGGGACAUUGAGACGAUCAAAGCAGAGAAGCAGAUCCUUGCUGCUCCUCUAUUCUGGCCGGCAUUCAUAGCUUCCAGCGAGGCGUUUGAUAACCCCAUACAGGCCGAGUUCAAGGACUGGUAUCGUAAUGUCGAGGUCUACGGCAUAGAGUCUGUCAGGACCGGAAUCAUGGUUCUCGAGCAGGUAUGGGCUGACGGGCCUACAGCGGGGAGGAGAUACACAAGUCAGUGGAUGGGCGUCGUCCGGAAGACAGGUCUCAGGUUAAUGCUGAGCUGA